AUGAACAGUGAUAUUGUCUACUUCCCAAUUCACGAACACCUCGAUUCUUCACAUCUCGGUCAAUUCAUCGGUCACGAAGGCAUCAAUAUCUACAAAAUCGAGAAGGAAAACGGUGUGACGUUGGAUAUCUGCAAGAAUGAGGAGGAAAACUCGAUUGUUCGUCUCACUGGCCCCUACUGGAAUAUGAAAUGUGCUCUGAAUGAUGUGGUUGAAUUGGUGACUAAAAUUCGGAAUAAUAACCAGCGUUACAAAUUCAAAAUUCCACCGAAAGACGUCGGAUUCCUCAUUGGCAAGAACGGCGCGAAAAUCAAUGAAAUCAAGUUGAGUUCGAAUGUUGACGUUCAUUUCGAUCGAAGUGAGAAACCAGAGAAACCAGAUGGUGAACAAGAAGAAGACACUGAUGCGUUUGUCACAGGAAACUAUCAAACAAUCCUCACUGGUCUCCGUUUGAUUUGUGACAGAUUAAGCUCUAAAGGACAACAGACACUCUACGAUGAUCCCAGAACCCUACAAUUCGCUGAAUCUCUCAUGGAAUCCUUCUAA